UCCUGCAACCUCUAACUGGUAAUACGUUUAGCUUCGUACGAGACUCUACGCACUUUGUGCAAUUACUUGAGGGAGUUAUGUUGCAGGAAGAUGAGGUAAUGGUGAGCUUUGAUGUAACCUCCUUAUUUACUAAUGUACCGGUAGCGGAAACUAUAGAGUUGAUAAAACGAAUGGCCGAACACGACGACUCUCUCACCGAGUACAUGAAGAUGAUAGAGUUUUGCCUCACUAGUGGAUAUUUUGUGUGGCGGGGUGAAUACUACUUGCAGAUAGAAGGAGUCGCAAUGGGUUCUCCGAUAGCUCCAGUGGUGGCUAACCUUUUUAUGGAAAGUUUUGAGCAGAGAGCGUUGGAGAGCUGCCCACAUAAGCCUAGGCUAUGGUGGCGAUAUGUCGACGACGUGUUUGCCGUAGUGACAGGCAGAGAUCUAGACCCGUUACUUGCCCACCUGAACGCGCAGCAUCCCAAGAUUACGUUCACUAUAGAGAAAGAGUGUAAUGGGGCUCUACCUUUUCUGGAUGUCUUAGUGCAGCGGGACGAACGUGGCCUUUUGACUCAUAAGGUGCAUAGAAAGGCUACACACACCGACAGGUACCUGCAAGCUGACUCGCACCAUCACCCUGCGCAUUUGUCUUCGGUGCCACGCGCUCUCAUCAACAGGGCUUUACGGCUCUGUGACCCGCAGUACGUGCAAGGCGAGCUGCAGCAUGUAAGGCAGGUGUUAGAGAAGAAUGGGUACAGUUGGAGACAGAGUCAGCGGGCGGCAAGUGCGAGCACGUUACGGCGAACACAUACGGUCGAGAGAGCGCCUGUUUUCUUGCCUUUCAUUAAAGGGGUAACGGAUACCAUUGGACGCCUAUUACGCCGUAGGUUUAGCAUGAGGACAAUUUUCCGCCCCCACACAAAGGUAAGGCAGGUGCUGCGCUCUCCUAAAGAUAAGGACCCACUGGGUAGCCCGGGGGUAUACGAGAUACCUUGUGACUGUGGUAGAGCGUAUGUCGGCGAGACUGGAAGGAAUGUCUCCGCGAGGUUGUCGGAACACAUACGAAGCGUGAAGAACAUGGACACCAGGAAUUCCGCAGUGGCAGAGCACGCGUACGAUACCGGCGCGUCCCAUUUUAUACGCUUCGAUAGAGCAAGGUUGUUGGUACGGGAGAAAUGUUUUGUACCACGCAAAGUUCUCGAGGCCAUUGAAAUCGGACGCCGCCCUAAUUUCAAUCGGGACGGAGGCUGGAUGUUGCCACCAGCAUGGAAACCGGUAAUACCUAAUGUGAAGCAGAAAAUGUGUUUUGACAAUCGUGUGGACACAGUGAGUGCAGUGUGCUUACCUCCAUCGGUCGACACAGCCGCGCUACCAGAACUCUACACAACAACUACAGCAGCAGACUGCUCUGCGCCCCCCUCCCCCGUCCUAUCAGCGCGCGCGCAGCGGGCGGAGCGGCGAGCGGCGCGUUCAGUUUGCGGAGUCUAGCCGUCGCGUGAACUCCUAUACGCCUGAAGAGGGGCCUCCGAAUUGGCCCGAAA